AUGUCCUUCAUGCAAUCACAAGAUGAGCUUGCUGCUCUCCUGGCUCGCAACCUGACCUUCAACCCGAUCCCGGAGCCUGCCCCUGUACCUCAACAGGAACCCAAAGCAGACAAUUCUGAGCCUAUCAUCUACACUUCCGUCCAUUAUACACACUCCGCCCAUAUCACACAAGCAGCUCAGCACCAGGAAAUUCCUCGACGAUCUUCAGAGCCACCUCAGACUCAAGCGCCAAGUGUCGAGGCCGUCUUGCAAUACCAUGGUGUUAACCCAGCUACACUCACUCCUUCACAACUCCAGCUUUUCAAGGUCGCCGAGCCUGCUCAGCAGGAGAGACUUAUCGAGCUCUGGAACAUCUGCCCCCCUGGAAAUGGUGGCGAUAUCCCUGCUCUUGCAUGGAGCAGCACUACUGUUGAGAACGAGGAGCAGCUUGCCCGUAUCCGUUACGACAGAAUCAACCAACAACAGCAAAUCAUGAGCCUGGAUGGCACACAAGUUCAAUCAAACGAUGGCAGAUGGGUUAACCAGCAAGAGCCCGAGACAGAGCCAUACAUGGCUUCCGGCUAUGAGGAGCUCAUGCGAAGAGAGCGAGAGCGAGAGGCCCGUGAUUCUCAGCCUAGAAGCACUUAUGGGCUCUACUCUCACGCCACAGACCCCGUCUACAUGGGCCCCGACUACGCUCGUGAGCAGCAACUACUCGAAAUGGCGUCCCAAUACGGCGCCUGUCAGGGGUUCCGGGCACCUGAGAUGGACACCAUGGAUGUUAUGUAA